AUGGCCACUGCUAACACCUACGCCACUGUCUGCGGCAAAACCGGCAAGUACGCAGCCAACAGCACCUACCAACAGAAUGUCCAGAGUGUCACCACAUACCUCGUCAACGAGGCCGCCUUCAGUGGCGAGAAUGGCUUCGCGAAGACGUGGGAGGGCGCCGCCCCAGAUAGGGUUUAUGGCCUUGGCAUCUGCCGCGGGGACACGCCAGACAACGUCACCUGCUACGAGUGCCUGACCUCCGCCGCAGUAGAGGUGUCGACACUCUGCCCGGAUGACAAGGACGCCACACUCUUCUACGACGGCUGCAUCGUGCGCUUCUCCCACCAGGACUUCCUCUCCUCCGGACAUAACGAGCCGGAGGUCGUCGUCAAUGGCACGAACAAGGUGAACCCUGCGGCAGUGGCCAACAGCUUCGACGUGCUCGUGGACACGCUGAUGAACAAGACUGCAGAGCAUGCGGCGGCGGCGAGCGAUGCCUCUCACAGGAAGGUAGCCACCGGCGAGGCCUUGUUCGAUGGAGGCGAUUCGCAAACAAAGAUUUACAGCAUGGCGCAGUGCACGCCAGACCUGACGUCUGGCGGAUGCAUAAACUGCCUCCGGCUUGAGAUGGACAAAAUGGCCCUUAGGGUACCUGGCGUACUGGGACAGAGGGUGGCUGGGCUGAGAUGCAACAUACGAUUCGAGGUGUAUCCGUUCUAUAUCGGCGAGGCCAUGGUUCGUAUUGAAGGAACUCCGGCGCCAUCACCUGCGCCAUCAAAGUCGAGGCUGCCGGCGCCUCCUGCACCACCGAACCCUGCGAGUCCACCGAGCAAAGGAGGUAUCAAGAAUAUGAUCCGGAUAGUUGCAGUGAGUGCGCCUCUGGUACUUCUAUUAUGUUGCAUCCUUCUUACCAUUAUCUGGACUCAAUCAAGACGCCUUCAUAAGAGAAUCCUAAGCUCACAAUUGCAAGAAGUUUUCCCGCCUAGCACGGAGGAAGCUAUAAUGCUCUGGAGGAUGGAAGAGGGUCGCUCUGAGCUCUCGAUGUUUGAGUUCUCUCAGGUUAUAGAUGCCACAAACAACUUCUCAGAAGGAAAUAAACUUGGCGAGGGUGGUUUUGGUCGUGUCUACAAGGGCAUUAACAACAUCGUAUGA